AUGUGCGGUGAUGUGAUAAUCCCCUACCCUUUUGGGAUUGGGGUAAAUUGUUCUGUGUCUGAAUGGUACAAUGUUGAUUGCAACCGGUCGACCCCAUAUCUACCUGCACUCAACAACGUGCAGGUUGUGGUAAUUAAUGCGGUCAUCAUCGACCAUGGUAUUACAGUCGCCGGUUGUUCAACAACUUGUAGCAACGAGGGUACUGUUGGCGAGAAAGACACGUGUCUUGGCAUCACUUGUUGCCAAACAAGACUUCCAUAUUAUCUUAAGAUUACAGCAUGGAUCUCAUCCGCUUGGAAAGGCAGGGUGGGGAUGGAGCUUGUGGGGAUUAAAAUUAAAGUUGAUACGGGUAAUGGUACUUCAACCACCUCAUGGAAAUGCAUGUUUCCUAUGUACGUUUCUCAAGGAAAUCCGUAUCUAUCUGAUGGAUGCGAUGUGGCUCCAAAGGCGACAGAAGAAUGUUUAGAGUGUAUACAUACUGGAGGUUUGUGUGAAUACCGUGAUUAUAUAAUGAUUAUGACAGGAUUAGCGAAUAUGUGUUCUCUUGUUUUCCCAAUGUUCAUCCCACACUUUCUAGACCUCGUCGUUUAUCUAUGGGUGCUAUUCUAG